AUGGCUUCCGCUUCCCAGAACCAAGAGCCCUUUGUCAGCAUCUCCUUUCUCAAGAAGAGACCAGACAUGACGCUGGAGCAGUUCUAUCACCACUGGGAGCAUGUUCAUGGGCCUCUGGUGAAGCCAUGGAUGGAGAAGCACGGAUUCCUGUCCUACACACAGGUCCACGCAACACAGGAACUCAAACAGGCCGCCAAGCCCAUCGGCCCUGAAUCGUCCACCAAUGCCCUCUUGGAGUACGACGGUGCCGCCAUCAUCCAGAUCCCCUCGUUUUCUGUAUUUGAAACUGCGUUCCAGGAUGAGUACUACAAGACGGUGAUCGCAGAGGAUGAGCUGAGGUUCCUGGAUAAAGAAGCCGGUGUGGUGCGGACAAGGGGCGAGGCCAAGCAUAUUGUCAAGGUACUGUAG